CUUUAAGGAUGAUGACAAGGACAAUAGAUCAGUGUCUCAAGAUGACAUUCUCUUUCUGAACACAUUGAAGGAAGGCAUUUACAAAAACAAUGAAGGACAUUAUGAAAUGCCACUUCCAUUCAAGGAAAGACCUCUCUUACCAGAUAAUAAGCAGAUGGCCACUGUGCGACUUCAAAGCCUCAAAACCAAACUGUCGAAAGACCAAAGGUACAAGGAACAAUAUGUGAAGUUUAUGAGUGAAAUCAUAGAAAGGGGUGAGGCAGAGGAAGUGCGCAAUGAAGCAAAGGAAGGAGAAAGGUGGUAUAUUCCCCACCACGGAAUAUAUCAUCCCCAAAAACCAGACAAACUGAGAGUAGUCUUUGACGCCUCAGCAAAAUACAAAGGUAACAGUCUCAAUGAUCAUUUGCUGUCUGGCCCAGAUUUAAUGAACAAUCUAAAUGGUGUUCUCAUCAGAUUCAGACGUCAUCAAGUUGCAUUAUGUGACAUUGAAAAAAUGUUUCACCAAUUUCAUGUGUAUGAAGCAGAUAGAGACUAUUUAAGGUUUUUAUGGUGGGAAAAUGGUAACCUGGACACUGAGCCCCAAGAAUUCCGAAUGAAGGUUCAUCUCUUUGGUGCCACCUCUUCACCAGGGUGUGCAAAUUAUGGACUAAAACAUCUUGCAAAAGAAAACGAGACACAGUUUCCACUCGCAUCAAAGUUCAUAAUGAAGGAUUUCUACGUGGACGACGGCGUAACAAGUACUGCAAGCAUCAAGGAAGCUAUUCAGCUUGCUCAGGAGGCUCAGACACUCUGUGCAUUAGGUGGCCUUAGACUACACAAGUUUGUAAGUAAUGACAAAACAGUGUUAGAAAACAUUCCAGCAUCUGAACGUGCCUCUCCACAGCAAGCAUGUGACCUAUCAUUUAAUGACUCUAAACUUGAAAGAGCUCUUGGCAUUCACUGGCACAUUGGCUCAGACACACUCAGGUUCCGCUUUCGCCCCAAUGACCAACCUGCUACAAGACGUGGCAUCCUCUCCAUGGUUGCAUCUCUUUAUGAUCCAUUGGGAUUCAUCUCCCCCUUUGUACUCACAGGCAAAAGAGUGCUUCAAGAGGCAUGCAAACAAGGCACCAGCUGGGAUGAUCCCCUUCCCAGUGAACUAAGAGCAGUGUGGGAUAACUGGAAGGCAGACUUGAAGGACUUGGAGAAAGUCACAAUACCACGGUGUUAUGUUCCCAAAGACUUUGGCCAAAUAGUGAAAACAGAGUUGCAUCAUUUUUCUGAUGGAAGCUCAUACGGUUAUGGACAGUGUUCAUAUUUAAGACACAUAAACAAAGACGAUAAAAUGCAUUGCGCUUUGGUUACAGCAAAGACAAGAGUCGCUCCCAUCAAAGUAACAACAAUACCAAGACUUGAACUGACAGCGGCAUUUGUCUCCAUUACUGCAAGCAACAUGUUGAAGGAUGAGCUUGGAUUGACACAGAUCGACGAAUAUUUCUGGACAGACUCUAAAGUAGUUUUAGGCUACAUCAAUAACGAAGCACGUCGUUUUCACACAUUUGUCUCCAAUCGAGUUCAAAGGAUAAGGCUCAACAGCACCCCUCAGCAAUGGAGAUAUGUUUCUUCGGAGCAAAAUCCAGCGGACAUUGCCUCCAGAGGUUCAAGCACAAAGGACCUCAUUUCAUCAGACUGGUUUUAUGGGCCACAGUUUCUGUGGAGCAAAGAUAUCCCUCCAGCUGCAGAGAUCGACAUGAAUGUGCCACUCGGGGAUCCAGAGGUAAAAAGGGUACAUGUACUGAACACUCUUAAAACAGAGAAGAAGAGUUUAUCAGAUAAGUUGGAAAAGUUUUCUUCUUGGUACAAAGCCACCCAAGCCAUAGCUCGACUCAUUCACUGUGCCAAGGGAGAUAAAACAACAGGCCACAGCACAGUGCAAGAAAGACAAAACGCUCAAAAUGUUAUUCUCAGGGAUGUACAAGCGCGUGAAUAUGCAGAGGAGAUAAAGAUGCUCACAGACAGAAAGGCACUUCCUCGCAAAAGCAAACUGUUUGAAAUGGACACUUUUCUUGACACUGAUGGACUCCUUAAGGUGGGAGGAAGACUUAAAGAUGCUUCAUUCUCCUCCACAAUGAAACAUCCAAUAGUAGUUCCGAAGGACCAACACAUCACUCAGUUAAUAAUCUCUCAUUUCCACAGUAAAGUGGAACAUCAAGGAAGAGGACUGACAGUCAAUGAGAUCAGGGCCAAUGGAAUUUGGAUUCCAGGCAUUAACAAGGCUGUGGCAAGCUUUAUUUACAAAUGUGUAAAGUGUCGCAAACUCAGACGAGGCACGGAGGUACAAAAAAUGGCUGAUCUCCCAACCCAGCGCUUAGAUCCAUCUCCACCGUUUACAUUUUGUGGAAUGGACUGUUUUGGUCCUUUUCUAACUAAGCAAGCUCGCAAAGUGCACAAGCGUUAUGGACUUCUUUUUACCUGCCUUUGUUGCAGAGCAGUGCACAUUGAAAUGUUAGAUGACAUGACUACAGAUGCCUUCAUCAAUGGACUCCGCUGUUUUAUAGCUAUAAGAGGAGCAGUCAGUGAAAUAAGGUGCGAUCAAGGAAGCAACUUUGUCGGAGCUAAAAACGAACUGCAGGAAGCUUUAAAACAAGUGGACUCUAAUCGGAUUACCACAUUUCUCGCCGAGAAACAGUGCGACUUCAAAAUGCAUACUCCUCAUUCAAGCCAUACAGGAGGUGUAUGGGAAAGACAGAUUAGGACAGUUCGAAACAUUCUGCGCUCAACUGCAUCACUUUCUUCUGGCAGAAUGGAUGAUGCAUCAUUAAGGACAUUCUUUUAUGAAGCAAUGGCCAUAGUGAACAGCAGACCUCUUACAGUUGACAGCUUAAGUGACCCAAACAGCCCAGAGGCAUUGACCCCAAAUCACCUGCUUACUAUGAAAUCUAAGGUAGCCCUGCCACCUCCAGGUAAAUUCAUCAAAGAGGACCUUUAUGCAAAGAAAAGGUGGCGGCAAGUGCAGUACCUAGCAGAACAGUUUUGGUCACGUUGGAAAAGGGAGUAUCUUUGCAACAUCGCAACAAGGCAGAAAUGGCAUACUCCAAGGAGAAACUUGAAAGUUGGAGAUGUUGUCAUGGAGAAGAUAGAUGACUUACCUCGAAAUGAAUGGAGAUUAGCACGUGUAAUGGACACAGUGACUGACAAAGACGGGCUUGUAAGGAAAGUAAAGCUUCGCUUUGGAGAAAAGAAGAUGGAGAAAGGACAAUGUUCCAGCAAACUUUCCAUAGUAGAACGCCCAGUACAGAAACUGGUUCUUCUGUUUGAUACUGUUUAACUAAAUUCUACAGUCUAAUGUUCAUCUUUUCUUAUGGUCUGUUUUUCAUAGACUUUAACGGUUGCAAGUCAUUUCUUCAUUAGGAAAUCAUUAUCGCUCCUAUUACUUGCCAAUUUAGCGCUAAUAAUUUGGUGGGAGUGUAAAUGACCCUUGUAUGAUCAGUAAUAAUUGGUCAACAUUUGUUGACCAAUUAUUAUUUGUUCCAAGCUGGUGCUUUUAUUUUGAAAGGUUUAAACCGGAAAUCGGUUGUUGUAAACAGGCAGAAGUAGCGCUAACUCUAGCGAGCAGAGAGGUGGUGUGCUCCACGGUUUAAACGGCAAAUAUUGCGGACUUUAAGGGUAUUUUGGCGCCUGGUUGAUAGGGGAACAAGCUCUUACGGUGUGUUCACACGCAAGGCUGUUCAAUAAAAGGACUGUGAACCAUCAGUUUGAGAGACCAUCUUUUCAACCGGG